AUGACAAUGUAUGGACUCGUCGAGAUAUUGGCAAUCUUUAUCAUCUCUGUCAGAUUUGGCACAGAAGGGUGUGUCUAUGUUUACAAUGGUUAUUGCUAUGAGAUUGUGACGGGACAAAUGACAUGGUAUGAUAGUAGAGAUUAUUGUGAGGACAACAAUCUUGGUCAUCUAGCAGACAUCAAAGAUGCUGCCGAAAAUAAUUACGUCAUGAACACUGUGUUUGCAACAGACCAGUGUCCUAGUGGCAAGUUUGUAUGGAUUGGUGUACAUGAUGAACUUGUUAACGCAGAAUAUCGUACUGUGCACGGGGAAGAAAUCACAAACACAGACUUUGUCUCGUGGAGUGGCUCGUGCUGCUCCGACAGUAAGAACUGCAUGACAAUUAAUGGUGAUACCCUUAAAUGGAAAGAGUUCGACUGCAAUUCAAAUGCGGAUUGUGGUGUUAUGUGCAAGAAAGACGUCGACGAGUGCAUGGAAGAAUUAGACAACUGUCAACACGUUUGUGAGAAUAUACUUGGAAGUUUUACUUGCUCGUGUUUUGAUGGAUACAACCUGGACGCUGAUAAUGCAGGAUGUUCAGAUAUUGACGAGUGUGUGGGUGAAUCCAACAACUGUCAACACGUUUGUGAGAAUGUCAUUGGAGGAUUUACUUGCUCGUGUUUUGAUGGAUACAAAUUGAACGCCGAUAAUUCUAGUUGUACAGACGUCGACGAGUGCGUAGAAGAAUUAGACAACUGUCAACACGUUUGUGAAAACACCCUUGGAAGUUUUACUUGUACGUGUUUCGAUGGAUACAGAUUGGACAUUGAUAACACGAGUUGUACAGAAAUCCAAACUCCAAUAGUUCAACUGAGUAGCAAUGAGGAAGGAGAUCAGAUGACUCUCAUGGCUGGAGAAAUGGUCUACUUCACAUUGAGAAUGAUGAUACCGAUAGGGAUAUUUUCUUCGCAUAUCGUGUUUUUAGUUCCCGAAAAUUCGACUUGUCCCAUCUUACCGGUUAUAGAUGUGUCCACCAAUAUUGGUGUGAAUAUUGAUACAUCAACAGCGGCGGAGAUAGUAGGUCCCAUCUUUAACGAUACUCAGAAAAUCACGUUAGAUUUCUUAAAUUUAAAUGUUAUUGGCGGUGACGUGGACAACGUGCAGAAUCGUUUAGAUGUCAUUGUCACGACUAUUCUCGACGAUCUCCCAUGCUUGGAAAACGGCAGCAUUAUUUGGUUCAAGGCUGGUGUCCAGUAUACGUACAAUAAUGGGGCGGAUACAAUAUGGGUUGGGCAGUUAAGUCUAGACGCCUACGUGGGUUUACCAAGACUUCAGGUUGCCGCAUCAGUGGAUUUGACAGCGGCGGCAACAGCGGGGGACAAUGUAACCAUAUCUACGUCCAUAUGUCAUCGCAGCGAUUCGACAGCCAUGGCUUAUGAUGUUACAAUAACGUCGAUACUCAGUCCGUUCGUCAAGUUUUCAGCUGCCUCCGCUUCUUCCCCACACCUUAACACGCUGGAAGUAGACAAAUCACGCGACACGCUUAUACAAUUCCAGUUAGGUAAUCUUGGUUUGUAUAACAGAGAAGUGAAAUUCCAAAUUACUCUUUUAAUCGAUCCCGACAGCGAUGACGUCAUUGGAGUGCAUGAAUUUAUUGCUGUGCAAGAAAAUAUCAGUUACUGCGAUUGUAACAACGGUUCGUCCUCAUUUGAUGCGAAUAACUGUGAUUGUUGCAACCCCAUGGAGUGCCAGUGUCAUAUACCCAACAAUCAAAACCAGAGAUGUGUCAGUUGUAAUUUGAUCACUCAACUCUGCCCAUUGACAGAUUCAUACGAUCGUGGAUAUUUUGUAAACACUGAAAAUGACGCGUUAUUUGCCUGCAGCAGUUCAAAGGAUUCUUCGCCAUACUGCUUUCAAAUCUACAAGGUGAAUUCAACAAACAUUCACGCUUCAGGGAUCAUGUCAAUCUCAAACAUUCUCGGAAUGGACGCGUCUACGAAUACAGUUUAUGCCAUCAGCGGCGAUAGUGGAGCGUAUGUAUUCAAAGAAGCCGGCAAUCCCACGUGGUACUCUUUAUCGGAGGCUGAUUGGCUGAGUGCAUCAAAUGGAUCGAUGUUUGAAUUUUAUAGCAGGACCAAUGAUUCUCUUGAAUUUAUGAGUGAUUUGGGGAUAUGGAAAGGAAAAGGCAUGGAUGAUUUACUACAUAGACCAUAUAUAAUACUCCUGUUUGCUCUUCUUAUUGUGGUAUUCACACAAGAUGUUGCCAUGGAAACGAAGUGCAUGAGAUACUACUACACACAGAGCAUCACUCACCCAAAGAAGAAAUGUAAUGACAAGAUUGUAUUGAUGUCUCGUUGCAGUGGAAGCUGUGAGGACACUUCAUCCACCGACCCAGUUGUGACGUUUCGCGACGUUCUACGUCAUCCUUUCAAAUAUAAAUGCCAAAGUUGCCAAGACCAACAAUCGAACAUCAAAGCUGUGCGCCUGCGCUGUAGGAAGAACCAGUUCGCCUAUGCAACAUAUAGAUACAUUCUCUCCUGCGGCUGUGCAGUAUGUAAACCGUGA